GGGUUGCUUCGGUGCUGCUUCCCAGGGGCCCCCUCCCAGCCAGGGCUGCCGGCGCUGCCCCUCGCUCGCUGCUCUGCGGGAGCACGGGUCGCGGCGCUCUGGGCGUCUUCCACGCAGCGCGCCCGGGAGCGGCGCAGGCGCGGAGCCCGCGGGGCCUCGCGCGCCAGCCCGGAAGUCCGCGCGGCCGGCGGUGGCGGGACGCGGUGUGCGGGCGGCGUGCGCGGCCGCGUGGGCCAUGGGGCGGCGGGCGCGGGGCCGGCGGCUCCAGCAGCAGCAGCAGCAGCGGCCGCCGCGCGCGGAGGACGGCGCCGAGGGUGGCGGCAAGCGUCAGGAGGCGGGAUGGGAAGGCGGGUACCCCGAGAUCGUCAAGGAGAACAAGCUCUUCGAGCACUACUACCAGGAGCUCAAGAUCGUGCCCGAGGGCGAGUGGGACCAGUUCAUGGAAGCGCUCCGGGAGCCCCUCCCGGCCACUUUGCGAAUUACUGGCUACAAAAGCCAUGCGAAGGAGAUUCUCCAUUGCUUAAAGAACAAGUAUUUCAAGGAACUGGAAGACCUGGAAGUGGACGGUCAGAAAGUUGAAGUUCCACAGCCCCUGAGUUGGUAGGUAAAGAAAGUCUUCAUCCUGUUGGAGGUUUUUUGGGAUUUUAAUCUUUGUCAUCUGACAGCGUGUUUCUUUGGCAAAGUGUUUUCUGCUAGUGGAGGAGAAUCUGAAUGUACUUCACAGACAUCCUUGUGUGCUCUUAACG